CACACUGCAGUGCUUUCACAACGCUUUACCAGCGUCACAUGUUUUGAGAAAGACAUGCGGAUCGCACCCAACUGCCACAAAGUUCCAUCAUUCGGUCAAUAUGGCUGCUUUGAUUCUGCGAAUUGUGGGCAAAACAUCUUUCUCGCCUGAUGUCAGAAUGGAAGACAAUUCAUAGCUUGAGAAGAAAGAUACUGCUAUAGAGCCCAAGUUUGUGAGAGACAUCUGGUGCGGCUCAACAAAGAAAACGAUUAAGAAGAAGGCGCAAUAGUAGUCUAACAUGGAAAAGCGAAUAAAAUGAGGAAAUUGUAGACGUGCAUUGUAAAUUGACAGCUUUCUUCGUGCUCAAGCUACGUUCAGCAUUUUCGUCGCGGGCAGUUCAAUGACUCGGGUGAAACACGGCGCGGCAGACCAGGCUUGUCCUCAUACCUCAGGGUCAAAACCUCGUCGAACUUUCGUCCAAUGCCUGGCAAGUUGCCACAGAAACGACGCAUCCACGUUGUCGUGCAUCUGGACCGGAGUCACGGGAACCCAAGGGCUUGUAAAAGGGCAUUCUGAAAAGUACAGAAAGAGAGAAGAAAAGAGAAUCUCUGCAGGUAUGGUCACCAACAAACUGCAGUCCACUGUAAUCUCAUUUAUUCGAUUCAAUGGGUGAAAGGGAAUUAAGCUUCAACCAUAUUUCUAACUCCUUUCUUAGGGUUUAUGGCUAAUGAAACCAGUGCUAACGGUUUUCCGUGGAAGGAGGAGUUGGAAAACAUUAGGUGCCUGAUCCUUGGUCCAUGGGCUGGAAGUGGGCCUCUACCUGUAAAGGUGAGAGAGCUGAGAGGUGGCUAAAGUAUGUAGAGCACAGUCUCUCACUCUCUCGCUUUCCCAACUGUGAAUAAACAUGUCAUGCUAGCCGAGGCCGAAACCAUUCUACAAUGCUGUACAUUGUUCGCAUCCCGAAGUUACCCGUCUGCCUCUGUCCCUCGGUCAAGAUGAGAGUUUCUGUCUCGAGGCCUCGAUGUCGUAGUGUUGAACAGGAAGUGAACACUGGAGAGUCACUGUUUCUCGGACCUUCGUGACAUCUUCUUCAAUGUAGAAGGCGUGGAAGCUUUUUGGAAUGUGCAUCGUCUCAGUAUACAGCGAUUUUGCAGCUGAGGAUAUAAUGUGAAAUGACUCUGUCACGGAGGAGUCAAAACAAGAGAGAUCGUCAACACCAAUUAUCAACAUAUGUACCGGCUAUGUUCCCAUCUUUUCAAUGACAUGGUACAAGCUGAUGCGUCGAAGCUGUUUGCAAGACUCUUCAAUUUUGAAUUAAUCCUAAUUCCAUCUUUGAAGAGAGAAAUCAGUACAAUUCAGCUCUCAAUGCAGAUAACUGAACAAAGAAUGAAGGUAAUGCAUUGGAGCAUGAUUAUGUAUAAUCAUGAAGUUCAUUCCUUCAUAUGCAAGCAAAGAUUGGAGUAGGAUGGCAGCGGGGACGAAGGACUGAGAAGAGAGGUCUGAUCAAGUAUAUCAAAUAAGCCGGGCAUUGGAGAGAAUGCAAGCAGCACUACUAUCAGAACAAUGUAAUGGGCUGGGAUGAGAAUGUGAGAGACUGGAUGCGAGAUACACAGUGAAAACAUCAGUAUUCAAUUCAGCUUAAUAUUUUCAUCUUGUUGAAAAGAAAUGAACUCUUCCAAUCAAGUAAUGAUGGAUGAAAAUCCCUGGCCGGAUGUACGGUACUACGAUCAAGGGAAUAAGAUUAUAUUGGACAAUUGCAUUCUCCAAGUCACUCUUUCCAAGCCCGGAGGAAUUGUCACAUGCAUUCGAUAUGGAGGAUUGGAUAACUUAUUAGAGAUUCACAACAAGGAAAUUAAUCGAGGGUACUGGGAUUUGAAUUGGAGUGAACCAGAUGGUAAAGACAACUUUGAUGUGCCAACUGGAACUGAGUUUCAAAUAAUACAUGCCGAUCGUGAUAAAAUCGAGGUUUCUUUUGUUCGACCUUAUGAUCCUAACCAUCAUUGGCCCAUGGUGCCCCUCAACAUAGAUAAAAGGUUUGUCUUGCUUCGUGGACAUUCGGGUUUCUACUCCUACGGCAUAUACGAGCGUCCCUAUGGAUUUCCUGACUUCAAUCUUAAUCAAACUCGAAUUACCUUUAAGCUUCGCAAAGACAGAUUUCAUUAUAUGGCAAUAGCUGACAACAAGCUCAGGCUUAUGCCGUCACCUGAUGAUCUUUGUCACGAUCGUUGCCAAGAGCUUGCUUAUCCAGAAGCCGUACUUCUUACCAAACCUGUCAAUAUUGUUCUGCAAGGAGAGGUUGACGACAAAUAUCAGUACUCUUGCUCAAACAGGGAGAAUAGAGUGCACGGGUGGAUAUCUACCGAUCCAUCGAUUGGAUUUUGGAUCAUCACACCCAGCUAUGAGUUUAGGAAUGGAGGUCCGACGAAACAGAAUCUUACGUGCCACGUUGGUCCUACAUGUCUCGCAAUGUUUCACAGUGCACACUACGCUGGAAUAGAUCUCUGUCCUCAGUUCAAAAAUCAAGAACCUUGGCAGAAGGUGUUUGGUCCAGUUUUCAUAUACCUCAACUCAGCACCUGUCGGAGCUGAGCCUCGCCACCUUUGGGAUGAUGCACAACGUCAAAUGACGAAAGAAGUGAGCGCAUGGCCGUAUAGCUGGCCAUCUUCUCCCGACUUUGCAAAGGCAGAAGAACGAGGUCAAAUAUCAGGCCGGCUUCUUGUUCUUGACAGAUAUGCAAUGCCAAAUCUACAUUCAGGUACAUAUGCGUUCUUGGGAUUGGCAGCGCCGGGAGAGAAGGGAUCUUGGCAAAGGGAAAGCAAGGGUUAUCAGUUUUGGGCCCAAGCAGAUUGCUACGGAUACUUCUCAAUUAAAAAUGUCCGUGCCGGGGUUUAUGAUCUCUACGGAUGGGUACCGGGAAUACUUGGUGAUUAUAAAAGAGAAGGCAGUAUUCACAUCUCUCCAGGUGACAUCAUACCACUCGAUGAUCUGGUUUACACGCCUCCAAGAGAUGGACCCACAAUUUGGGAAAUCGGUAUUCCUGAUCGAACUGCCACCAAAUUUUACGUCCCGGACCCAAAUCCCAAAUACAUAAACAGGCUUUAUGUGAAUCAUCCUGAAAAAUAUCGCCACUAUGGCCUCUGGGCCAGGUACUCUGAGAUCUAUCCUUCAGAAGAUCUAGUAUUUACAGUCGGCAGAAGUGACUAUAGAAGAGACUGGUUCUUUGCACAUCUUUGCCGGAUCGAGGCUGAUGGAAGCUAUCAACCAGCAACGUGGCAGAUCAGAUUUUUUCUUCCGCUCCAUGAACAAUAUCGUGGUAUCUUCAAGCUCCGGAUGGCCAUUGCUGCAUCGAACAACGCAGCAAUCCAGGUCCGGGUGAAUGAUCCGAGUUCACCGAAACCUUUGUUUGAUACGAUGCAAUUUGGCAAGGACAACGCCAUCGCACGUCACGGUAUACAUGGCUUGUACACUCUAUUCAAUAUCGACAUUCCUGCAUCACUUAUGAGAAGGGGAGACAACACUAUAUACCUCACUCAAAGGAAAGCUUCGGGUCCCUUUACAGGCGUUAUGUAUGAUUACCUGCGACUAGAAGCUCCAACUCCGGAAUUUUCACCUGUAACGCACAGUUUUUCCUGAAAAUGAGUGCGGAAUUAUACACGAUGUACAUCAAGGGUAUCAUGCUGCCUCCACACUGUAUUGACCAUGGCACUGGUCCUGUCACCGACAGUAGUGUGUUCAGAUAGAGCCUUUCUGAAGGCCCAUCUAUAUAUGUCGUGCAAUUCUUCAAAUUAUGUCACUGAAGAUUUGUCAAAGAGGUUGUAAUCGCCGCCUCAAUCCUGUUUGAUGGUAAGAUUCCCAGAUCCAGACUAGCUCUGGUUAGAUGAGGAGGUGGUAUAUUCUGCCUUUACUGUGGUCUUGAGUUGUUAGGCAUCUGUGUAGAUAUACAUUCAUCAUUAUUUACAAAAAAACAAAAAAAGGAAGAAAAAGCUUGUCUCUUCUUUCUCUUGUGACCUGAGACGGUGUAAUCUUGCUGAUGUUUACUCCAUUCUGAAGGGUGUCUUCUGUAGUUCAUUUAUGUUGCAUUGUUCAAUCACACUACUUAAUUUAAGAUCUCA